AUGCCUAAGCUCGCGAUCGGCCACUGCCGCGAGGCAUCCGACCCCCGCUGCCUCCGGGCCGUGCUCGGCGAGCUCGUCCUGACCUUCCUCUUCGUCUUCGUCGGCGUCGGCUCCGCCAUCACCGGCGGAAAGGCAGUCGCGGCAGGAGGUGACACAUCGGCGGCGCUGAUCGCGGUGGCGCUGGGCCAUGCGCUGGUGGUGGCGGUGUUCGCGACGGCCGGGUUCCACAUCUCCGGCGCCCACAUGAACCCGGCCGUCACGCUGAGCCUCUGCGUCGGCGGCCACAUCACCCUGCUCAAGUCCGCCUUCUUCGUCGUCGCCCAGGUGCUCGGCUCCUCCCUCGCCUGCCUCCUCCUCAGGGCCCUCACCGGCGGCGAGGUCACGCCGGUGCACGCGCUGGCGGCGGGUGUGGGCCCGAUCCAGGGCGUGGUGUCGGAGGUCGUCUUCACCUUCACGCUGCUCUUCACCAUCUACGCCGCCAUCCUCGACCCGAAGAGCUCGGCGCCGGGGUUCGGCCCGCUGCUCACCGGCCUCCUCGUCGGCGCCAACACCAUCGCUGGCGGCGCGCUGACCGGCGCGUCCAUGAACCCGGCCAGGUCCUUCGGGCCGGCGCUGGCAACCAACAACUGGGAGAACCACUGGGUCUACUGGGUCGGGCCGCUCGCCGGAGGGCCCCUUGCCGUGGCAGUCUACGAGUUCCUGUUCACCGUCCCGGCGACGCACCAGCAGCUGCCCGUGGUGGAGUGA